CUUUCUUUCUUUUUAUAAAACGUUGCGCGCACCCGAAGCAUUUACUCGGAAAUGGAGUUUAUCCACUCCCUACUCUCAACAUGGUCUUCAACCGCUCCUUCACCAACCUCCUUCCCCCAAUUCGCUCGUCUCCCGCCUGAAGUACGGACGAUAAUUUGGGAAUAUGCCAUGGAAUCGCGAAUCAUCCCCAUAGAAUGGCACUGUAGAAGACUCGAUACACCUGCAGCCUCGUCCGAAGGUAUACAGGAUGGUGGUGUGAACCAAAGAAUGGCGAUCACUACCUGUACAUUGGGACCGAAAUUUUGCCAAUGUAGGAGUUUUCCACCCAGCUCGCCACACACUGUGGCACUUCCUUCUGUUUUUUUCGUCUGUCGAGAAAGCAGAAAUGUUACCCGGAGACAUUACUCAGCACAUUUUGAUAAGUAUUACGAUGUACAUGGCCGUCCUCUAGUAAGCCCUUCAGCUGACAGAGAGACUACGGAGGAAGAUGGUGAUGAAACAACUCCCCAACCGAAAAUAGGAGCUUUUAUCAAUCCCGCCGUGGACGGCAUUUAUCUGAAGUUUAAAGUGACGUCAGUAAGCGAGAUUGUCAACUUGCAUCAGUUUGUUGAAAUCAUGGUGAAAGAAGCGGCCUGUAUAACAAAGAUUGUGGUUAAGCCUACCAUUAUUCUACGCCCAUAUAUGUGGUGGCAGAAGGAAAGAUUCCAGAAGUGGAGAAAUUGGGGUCCGGAUGGGCACUGGGUUCCUCCGGGGUUGCACAGACUCAAGAAGCUCAGAGAAGUAGUGGUGCUAAUAGAUGGAAGUGUUUCUUCCAAGAUGCUUCCAACGGAGUGGCGAGAGAGGACUGCGUCAAUUUGGAGUGAAGAAUUGGAGAAGACGAGGCUAGAUUGGCCAAUUGAGUGGGAAGGUAAUAUGCCUCCAUUGAGAUUUCAGUCACAUUUGUAAAAAACGGCUAGAAAUUACCAUUUUUAAUACUUGAAUACUUUCCAAAAUGCAGCUACUAUAUCUCCCAAGUAACUGGCAGUCUGGAC